AUGCUGACGGCUCCGAUGGGAAAGCCUGGUUUUGCCAUCAAAGGUAUGACCAUACACACUUCGUUUGGCAUUCCCGUAAACGUGUACAAAGGCGACAUUUUGCCGCUUAACAGAGACAAAUCCAACACGCUUAACAACCUGCUUAGACAGCUUAGACUGAUCAUAAUAGACGAAUUUAGCAUGGUCGGGGCCACCAUGCUGGAGCAGAUACACAUGCGUCUGAAACAGAUUUUCAGAAACAACUACGAUUUCGGAGGAAUUCCGAUAAUCAUGUUCGGAGAUCUGAACCAGUUGAUGCUGGUGGGCGAUACUUUUAUCUUCGAACCGAACAACAGAAACCCGUACCGUCCACUGUGCGGAACUUACCUGUGGGAGCGUUUCAAAUUUUUCGAGAGGACCUCUCUUUCGCCAACGCACUCAACAACAUGGCGAGCAACAAAAUGA